CCCCCAUCCGCGGCCGGCCCGGGCCUCCCCCACUCUUCCAGGAGAACUCGGAUCCGCGCCAAGGGGCCGCCCCCGCCUCGGCCCUCCCCGCUCCCCGCCAUCCCCUCCAGGGGCGGCUGGACCUUAAAGAGCUGGGCCGCCCGGCUCCGCACAGCGCCGCCCCCGACGGCAAUCCGUGCGCCCCGCUCCCCGUGCGCCCCGCGCUCUCACCCGCAGCCCGGUCCAGGCACCCGCCCCCGGGACACCCGGGUUGCGCCGACGCCGCGGUCCCCGCAAACCCUGCGGGCAGAGCCACCAUGCUGCCCUGGAGCGGAACCGCCUUCCUCCUGCUACACCUGGCGCUGCAGCCCUGGCCGGGACCCUGCGCCCAGGCCACCCCCCAGGUCUUUGAUCUGCUUCCGUCGUCCAGCCAGAGGCUGAACCCAGUGGUCCUCCAGCCGGUCCUGACAGACCCCACCCUGAAUGAGCUCUAUGUGAUUGCUACCUUCCAGCUGCAGUCUAAAAGCUCAGCCACCAUCUUUGGUCUUUACUCUUCAACCGACAACAGCAAAUAUUUUGAAUUUACUGUGAUGGGACGCUUAAACAAAGCCAUCCUCCGUUACUUAAAAAACGAUGGGAAGAUUCAUCUGGUGGUUUUCAAUAACCUUCAGCUGGCUGAUGGCAGACGACACAGGGUCCUCCUGAGACUGACGAACCUUCAGCAGGGGGCUGGCUCUGUGGAGCUUUACCUGGACUGCACACAGGUGGACUCCAUUCACAAACUCCCCAGAGCCUUUUCUGGCCUCUCCCGGAAUCCCAGAAACAUCGAACUGAGGACUUUCCAGAGGAAAGCACAGGACUCCUUAGAAGAGCUGAAGCUGGUGGUGCGAGGCUCCCUGAUCCAGGUCGCCAGCCUCCAAGACUGCUUCCUGCAGCAGAGCGAGCCCCUGGCCACCACGAGCACAGGAGACUUUAAUCGACAGUUCUUGGGGCAAAUGACACAACUGAACCAGCUGCUGGGUGAGGUGAAGGAUCUCCUGAGACAGCAGGUCAAGGAAACAUCAUUUUUGCGAAACACCAUAGCUCAAUGUCAGGCUUGUGGUCCUCUCAGUGUUCAGUCUCCAACCACAAACACACUGGUGCCUCCUGCACCGCCCUCACCCCCAACGCCACCAUCGCCCCCGGUGCGUCGGUGUGACUCCAACCCGUGUUUCCGUGGCGUCCGCUGUACUAACACCAGGGACGGGUUUCAGUGUGGAUCUUGCCCCGAGGGCUUCACAGGCAACGGAAUCACCUGUUCUGACGUUGAUGAGUGUAGAUACCAUCCCUGCUACCCAGGUGUACGCUGCAUCAACUUGGCCCCUGGCUUCAGAUGCGAUGCCUGUCCAGUGGGCUUCACAGGGCCCAUGGUGCAGGGUGUUGGGAUCAAUUUUGCUAAGUCGAAUAAGCAGGUCUGCACUGAUAUUGAUGAGUGUCGAAAUGGAGCAUGUGUUCUUAAUUCUAUCUGUAUUAACACGUUGGGAUCUUACCGCUGUGGGCCUUGUAAACCAGGGUACACGGGUGAUCAGACGAGGGGGUGUCAGAGUGAGAAGAGCUGCAGAAGCCCAGAGCUGAACCCUUGCAGCAUCAACGCACAGUGCAUCGAGGAGAGGAACGGGGAAGUCAACUGUGUGUGUGGAGUAGGCUGGGCUGGUGACGGCUAUGUCUGUGGGAAGGACGUGGAUAUUGACAGCUACCCCGAUGAAGAACUGCCGUGCUCUUCCACAAACUGCAAGAAGGACAACUGCAAGUAUGUCCCCAAUUCUGGCCAAGAGGACGCUGAUAGAGACGGCAUUGGAGACGCUUGCGACGAUGACGCGGAUGGAGACGGGAUCCUGAACGAGCAGGACAACUGUGUCCUGACUCACAACGUGGACCAAAGGAAUAGUGACAAAGACAUCUUCGGGGAUGCCUGUGACAACUGUCGGGCCGUCCUAAACAAUGACCAGCGGGACACAGAUGGGGAUGGCAAAGGAGAUGCCUGUGAUGAUGACAUGGAUGGAGAUGGGAUUAAAAACAUUCUGGACAACUGCCAGAAAGUUGCCAAUCGUGACCAGAGAGACCAGGAUGGCGACGGCGUGGGGGAUGCCUGCGAUAGCUGUCCUGAUGUCAGCAAUCCUAACCAGUCCGAUGUGGAUAAUGAUCUGGUUGGGGACUCCUGUGACACCAAUCAAGACAGCGAUGGAGAUGGCCACCAGGACAGUACAGACAACUGCCCCACCGUUAUCAACAGCGCCCAGCUGGACACUGACAAGGAUGGCAUUGGGGACGAGUGUGAUGAUGACGACGACAAUGACGGCAUCCCAGACCUAUUGCCCCCUGGGCCAGACAAUUGCAGGCUGGUCCCCAACCCAGCCCAGGAGGACGGCAACAGUGACGGUGUGGGAGACAUCUGUGAGACAGACUUUGACCAGGACCAUAUCAUUGAUCGGAUCGAUGUCUGCCCAGAGAAUGCAGAGGUCACCCUGACUGACUUCAGGGCCUACCAGACCGUGGUCCUGGACCCUGAAGGGGAUGCCCAGAUUGAUCCCAAUUGGGUGGUCCUGAACCAGGGCAUGGAAAUCGUGCAGACGAUGAACAGUGAUCCUGGCUUGGCAGUGGGGUACACGGCUUUCAAUGGAGUUGAUUUCGAAGGGACAUUCCACGUAAACACGCAGACAGACGAUGACUACGCCGGCUUUAUCUUCGGCUACCAAGAUAGCUCCAGCUUCUAUGUGGUCAUGUGGAAGCAGACAGAGCAGACGUAUUGGCAAGCCACUCCCUUCCGGGCUGUGGCAGAGCCCGGCAUUCAGCUCAAGGCUGUAAAGUCUAAGACAGGACCAGGGGAGCAUCUCCGUAACUCUCUGUGGCACACCGGCGACACGGGGGACCAGGUCAGGCUUCUGUGGAAGGACUCCAGGAACGUGGGCUGGAAGGACAAGGUGUCUUACCGCUGGUUCCUGCAGCACAGGCCUCAGGUGGGCUACAUCAGGGUGAGAUUUUAUGAAGGCUCUGAGUUGGUGGCUGAUUCCGGAGUCACCAUAGACACCACCAUGCGUGGAGGCCGGCUGGGCGUUUUCUGCUUCUCCCAAGAAAACAUCAUCUGGUCCAACCUUAAGUAUCGCUGCAAUGAUACCAUCCCAGAGGACUUCCAAGAGUUUCAGACGCAGAAUUUUGAUCGCCUGGACAACUAACACAAGGAAGCGAGCUGGAACCGCUUUUCCAAACACGAAAGCCAUGUUUUUUUUGUUUUUUGUUUUUGUUUUUACUUCCUACAAUUUUAUACACACUGUGCUGUCUUUUACCAAGCCCGGAUCUAUCAAACUUUUUAUAUGGAGGUGGUAAUAAAGAAGAGAUGAUUUCUAAAAAUAAGUAAAUAUAAUAAAAAAAAUAA